AUGAAUCCAACACCCGACUACGACCUUCUGCGUCGGAACUGCUGCCACUUCGCAGACGACUUCGCGCGGCGCCUGGGUGUCGGCGGUAUCCCUGGCUGGGUGAUGCGCCUUGCCAAGGUCGGCGCAGGGGUGGAAGCCAUGAUAGCGUCGGCGCCCAAGCCCAUCCGGCAGCGCUUCGGAUUUCUGACAGGUGAGGAAGAUUCGGAUUGA